AUGAUGGCAACAGAUGUUGGAGAAGGCCACCUAUGGGCAAGUUUAAACUAAAAUUUGAUGGUGCCACGGGAGAUGCGAAUUCUGGAGUUGGUUUUCUUAUACGUUAUCCUAAUGGUGCCUUUGUGUUUGAAAGAGCAAUGAAAAUACCACGACUCUCCGCUGCUGAAUCAGGGGCUUUGGCAUUACUUGAAGCUUUAAAACUCACCCCAGAGCUUGGGUUGAAUUUAAAACUCAUCCUUGUUGGAGACGGACAAAUCUCCUCCCUGGCGACUAGAAAACAUUAUUGCUGAUUGCGGAGCUUAGCUGAACCACACCUCUCAGUGCUCAGUUCAUUAUGCUCCUAGGUCUACUAAUUCGGUUGCUCGUUGUAUAGCUCGUUUUGCUUUAUAGAUAUGUUUGUCCUUCCUUGUAUUGAAAAGGACUGUAACCAAAGCAUAUGCCUAAUGAAUUUGUCUCAUCGGGCUUAAAAAAAAAUGUAGCCGAUCCGAAUCAUCAAAGCAUGUGUUGCACGAAUCAGAGUCAAUACGGUCAUGCGGAAGAAAGUUUUGACUUUUGAAGUUCGUAGCCGUUUUUGGAGGGAACAGCUACUCGUAAACCGUCGUAGUUCAUGGAAUCUGCGCAAGUACUUUUUUUUUUCUGGGAUUCUCGUUUCCUCAACUUACCUCCGGAUUCCUACAGCCCCUCACCACCAUACCCAUCUGAUCUCUCUAGCUUCUCUUCAUGGCUGCCAUGAAAACCCAACGCGCUUCUUCGUCAACUCGUCGAUGGAACUAUGACGUCUUCUUGAGUUUUAGAUAUGAAGACCACCGUAGGAACUUCACCGAUCAACUCUACAGCGCUUUGGUCCAAAGAGGGAUUUACACCUACAAAGACGAUCGGGAACAACUAAAGAGAGGACAAGCGACCUUCUCUCAACUGCUGAAAGCAAUCGAAGAAUCAAGGAUCGCGAUCGUUGUUUUCUCGAGGAACUACGCUUCUUCGAGAUGGUGUCUCGAUGAACUCGUGAAAAUCUUAGAAUGCCGGAAAACGAUGGGUCAGUUGGUUCUUCCAGUUUUUUACGAUGUCGAUCCGUCUGAUGUUCGGAAUCAGAGUGGGAGUUUUGCAGAAGCAUUCGCCCAACACGAAGAGCAUUUUAAGGCGGUGGAGAUGAUGGAGGAGGUCCAGAGAUGGAGGUUGGCUCUCACUGAAGCUUCUAAUCUGUCUGGGUGGGAUCUACAAAAUGUUUCCUUCAGGCAUCAACCAAAGUUCAUCAAAAUAAUUGUCGAAGAGGUCUUGGCUAAGUUAAGUAAAACCUUACUGGAUGUUGCUACUUACCCAGUUGGAUUGGAUUCCCGUGUAAAUGACAUGACUUCAUUGUUGAACAUCCAAUCUCAUGAUGUUCGCAUUAUAGGAAUCUUUGGUAUGGGCGGAAUAGGUAAAACAACAAUUGCAAAGGCUGUCUAUAAUCUAAUCUUUCGUAAAUUUGAUGGUAGCAGUUUUCUUGCAAAUGUUAGAGAAAAUUCCAAAAAACCUAAUGGGUUAGUUCAUUUACAAGUACAACUUCUUUUUAAUAUCCUAAUGGAAGAAGAUUUGGAGAUAAGAAAUAUUGAGGAAGGGAUCAACUUAAUCAAAGGAAGACUCCACAAUAAAAGGGUUCUCAUUGUUCUUGAUGAUGUGAAUCAACACAUCCAAUUAAAUGCAUUAGCUAGAAAUCGCAAUUGUUUUGGUGUGGGAAGUAGAAUCAUCAUAACCACUAGGGAUGAGCAUUUGCUAAAUGUACUUCAAGUGGAUGAGAAAUACAAGGUGAAGGAACUGAGUCAUGAUGAAUCUAUUGAACUCUUUUGUUGGCAUGCCUUCAGAAAAGACCAUCCACUAGAAGAUUAUGUGGAGCUUUCAAGUUGUAUAGCAGGUUAUGCUGGAGGACUUCCUUUAGCUAUUGAGGUUUUAGGAUCCUUUCUAUUUGACAAAAGGAGCAUACCUGUAUGGAGAAGUGCUUUGGAGAAACUAAAAAGAAUUCCUCGCAAUCAAAUUCAGAAAAAACUUAAAAUAAGUUUUGAUGGACUGGAUGAUCAAGAGAAGGAUAUUUUCCUUGAUAUUGCAUGCUUCUUUGUUGGGAUGGACAAGGACUAUGUCACUAAAAUACUAGAUGGUUGUGAUUUCUCUUCAGAAAAUGGAAUUAGUAUUCUUGUUCGUAAAUCUCUUCUAACAAUUAAUAAAGAGAAUGAGCUGAGGAUGCAUGAUUUACUACGAGACAUGGGCAGAGAAAUUGUUCGCAAUGAAUCCCCCAAGGAGCCUGGAAAACGUAGUAGAUUGUGGUUUCAUGAAGAUGUCUACAAUAUAUUGAUGAAACAUGUGGUUCAAAAUCUGUGUUUCAUUAAGUUGAAUUUUGAUGGCAGUAGUGAAGGCAACCCUGGGCAUUCAAGGAUUGGAGUUUUCAGGAUAGAGGAAGGUGUAGUCACUGCUCUGUUCUCAGGUCUGAUUGGAGUUGGGGACUCACUCCGAGCUGAGGUUAUGGCUGUGGUGGAGGGUGCAACAAGGGCCAAGGAAUUAAAUAUUAACAAAUUGAACAUUGAAGGAGAUUCAAAAGUGGUGGCUAUUUGGGAUGCUGUCCGACAAACCUAUUCCAAAGCCCAUGACGCUGCUCGUGUCUAUGAGGUCAAAGUGAAGACUGUGGCGGCCAAACAAGGGAGCAAGAGUGUUACAGAGUAUGCARAUCUGCUGCAAARUUUAUGGCAUGARCUUGAUCAUUAUCGGGUUCUUGAGAMAAAGUGCGCAGAUGAUGCUGUGAUCUUGAAGAAUUUUAUUGAAAGRGAUAGGGUGUAUGAUUUUUUGGUCGGACUGAAUGCUGAAUUUGAUCAGGUCCGAAUACAAAUUCUUGGCAAAGAAGAAGUUCCUCCAUUGAAUGAAGUCAUAGCCCUUGUCAGAGCUGAGGAAAGCCGCCGUGGUGCUGGAAACUUCAGUGGUUCAAAGGGUGAGAACAAUCACAACUUGGCUCGUGACACAACCACCCGUGACUCUAACGAUAACCUCUGGUUGCAAGAAGCCCAGACACACGAAAGAUUGAAAAAACAGGAAAGUUGGGAGUUAAGCCUGCAGACACACCUAUUGAAUAGAACCACAGGAUUAGUGCAGAGGGUGGAGAGCCUAUUGAAGAUAAAGCUAUGUUUCAAUGUUGCAAGCAUAUUAGCAUAUUUGAAGAGGUCCUCAGGCAGAGGCAUUUUGCUCAAGAAAAAUGACCACAUGAAGAUAGAAGUCUACACAGAUGCUGAUUGGGCUGGGUGUGUUGAUGAACGAAGAUCUACCUUUGAAUAUUGUGCCUUUGUUGGAGGCCUAAUCUUAGAAAACUCAUCUAGAUUAGUUGAUGGACCAUUGAGGACUGACGCAUUUACAAAGAUGAAGAAGCUAAGACUACUCCAGAUCAAUUACCUUAAUCUCAUGGGUGACUAUGAACAUCUUUCUAGGGAGUUAAGAUGGCUCUGUUGGCAUGGGUUCUCUAUGAAAUUUAUGCCGUCAAGUUUUCAUUUAGAGAAUCUUGUUGCUCUUGACAUGCAAAAUAGCAAAAUGGAACAAGUAUGGAAGGAUCUCAAGAUGCUUGCAAAGUUGAAAAUACUUAAUCUUAGUCAUUCUCAUUAUCUAAACCAAAUCCCAGACUUCUUUGGGCUUCCCAGUCUUGAAAGGUUGACCCUUGAAGGUUGCACAAGUUUGGUUGAGCUUCACAAUUCCAUUGGACAUCUUGACAAACUUGUUUUCUUGAGUUUGAAAGACUGCAAAAACCUAAAGGAUCUUCCAAGUAGCAUCUGUAAAUUGAAAUCUCUUAAAAAUCUUAUUCUCACUAGAUGCUUAAGACUUAAAAGACUGCCAGAUAACUUGGGGGAUAUGGAAUCAUUAGUGGAGCUUACUGCUGAUGGUACUUCUAUAAAGCAACUACCCUUCUCUAUUGUAUUUCUGAAGAACCUCAAAGUCUUAUCUUUACAAGGAUGUAAGGGAUCACUAUAUAAAUCAUGGCAUUCAUUCUUGCCUUUGGUAUCACCAAGAAAGAGAGCUGAUUCUAUCAGUAUGCUACCAGCUUCAUUAUCAAGUUUGUGGUCCUUAACAGCAUUAUUUCUUAGGGACUGCAAUCUUUCUGAGGGUGCAAUUCCUAGUGAUAUUGGAAGUCUACCAUCAUUGGUAGAGUUGGAUCUGAGCUACAACAAUUUUUGUAGCCUACCCAAAAAUAUUAGUCACCUUUCUCAGCUUGAGUUCCUUAUGUUGGAAGGUUGCACAAGGCUUCAGUCACUUCCAGAACUUCCAUCCAGUUUAACAGAGUUGUAUAUAGCUGAUUGCACAUCAAUGGAAACACUGUCACAUUCUAGGUGCCUUCCUGACCUUAUUUACCUUGACAUAAGUCGUUGUACAGGCCUUCAGUCACUCCCAAAGAUUCCAUCAAGCUUAAUGUCUUUGGAUGCAUUUGGCUCUGGUUCAUUGGAACAACUAUCAGAUAUAUCAAGCACCAAUAACUUACUAACUUUGGAGCUUUAUAAUUGUAAUAAGCUACUUGAGUUUCAGGGCCUCGGAAGGCUGCUUUCUUUUCAGAGGUUCACAGGAGGUGGAGAGUUUGACAUCUUUUUUUUUGGGAGCCAGAUUCCAGAUUGGUUUAGUCAUCAGGGUAUUGGGUCCUCGAUAUCUUUCGAGGUGCCUCCACUUCUGGUAAAUAAGAUCCUUGGGUUGAUUAUAUGUGCUAUUUAUGAAGCAAACAGCGAACUAAUUGGGGCCACUGCCACUCCUUAUGCCUAUUUCUUUGAUAAAACCAAUGGCAUUGAUUGGAGCUACACUCCAACAUUCAACUCAGUUUUUUUAACUCAGCAGGUUCAAAUGUGGUUUAGCCAUAUACCACAUACCAAGUUUGGGAAUCAGUUGAGAGGUGGGGAAGAAAUAGAGGUUUCAUUUGAUAUGGGAUUAGGAGUCCACGUUACGGAGUGUGGAAUCCAUCUAGUAUUUGAUGCUGAAGAGAUGAAUCCUGAACCUAGCCAAGCAACAAUCCCAUGCACAUCUGCAUAUGAUGUUGAUAUUGAUGAAGAUGGACCUGUAGCAAUUAAAGGGGGAGCCAAGAGAAGUAUUGGUGACCAUGGGGCAGGAACCGGUACUGGUUGGUCUAAUGAGGGCCUCGGAGAUGCUGAAGGGUUGAGGAUUGAGCCUAUUCUAGCAGUGAAUCCAAAGGAACAAAUGGAAAAAUAAUACCAUUUUACCACUAAUGGUUGGGUAAAUUACUUACUCUUCAUUUUGUAUAUGCAUAAUGCAUUUGGACAAUUGGUCUUAUUAUUCAGUCUCUGUAACCUAGGCAUGGUGAUAGUUCCUUAAACCAUGUGGACCAAUAGUCCAGCCUAGGUUUUAACUGAGCCUUCUUUUUUGUUUUGAUACAAAAGGGAAAUUAAACUAAUUGAGCAAAGCGACCUCCUAAUGCAUCUAUGAGGAUAAUAUAAUCUAAGUCCCACGAGCUUGAGCUGGAAGCAUCUAUGGUCCAUUUGUGUCCUUGGUUUGUGAGCCAAUCUGCAGCUUGGUUUCCCUCCGUGUAUUCUGGUACCGAAUGAUGAUGUUGGUCUCCUCUCUGAUCUUUUUUGCAUUCCUCCUUGAUGAUAUGACAUCUCCAUGCAGCCUUACAUGAUCCCUAUAGAGCUUUAAUGGUAAUUUUCUAAUCGUCUUUUAUGACUACCCGGGAGUAUCCUAGUAAUUUUGCAAGUUUUGUGAGCUUAUAAGCUCACUCUCAUUUUUGCUAGCAUUAUCGUGCUUUUUCCUAUUGGCCUAGCUAGGACUCUUAAGUCUUUUGUUGUUUGUUUAUGAAUCUUCCAUGGUGAUGGGUUAUGGCUUUGUAAAGGAAAUAUAGAUUCCAUCUCAACAUGGGGAACAAUUUCUGUUCAGAUUUAUAUUAAUUUAUGAAGAAUGUAAUGGCAUAUAUCAAUUGUAACUUUUGGCUGAUUUUCCAAUUGUUAGAUUGCAGAUGCUCAAGUGAAAACGUUUAAUAGGGGCAGGUUCGGGGUGGUUGGGUGAUAUGGAUGCAUUAUCCCUGCAUAUUUUACUGUAACUAUGGUUGCAAGGACCAGUUCCUGUUUUCACAAUCGAUGUUUGUGGGUCAUACCAAAUUGUGCAGAAAACAUGGAUCAUUUGUGCAUUUGUGCUAGCCAACUCUGUUGUGUGGAAUGACAGAUCAAGUUGACAUUAUACAGCCAUGAUUAAAUGGAUCCACCAUCUGUUGGUUAGUUUAAAUUAAUCCUAAAACAGGCUAUGCUGGCAUUUGUAGUGUUAUUUGAGAUGAAAUAGGGAAAUGUGUGCCUUACUUUGCUAGUCCUUCGGCAUAUCGACUCUUGCAGGCUUGCAGCAGUAGAAACCAGAGAUGCUCGAGAAGGCUUUAUCUGGCAAAAGUUAUGUGCAUUGGGAAUCUCAUUUUUUAUUUUUAAGCAACUCUGUGUGUCAUGAUUUUUUGCAUAGGAAAUCACAGCCUCCAUGGUAUUUGGAGAGGAUCUUGCAAAGGACUGUAAAUUUUAGUAAGAAUUAUGAUAUCAUAGAUGUUAGACAUGUAUGUACAGGGAGGCAAAUGGAGUAGCUCUCUGGCCAAAUCAGCUUGUGUGCCCUAGAGGGUGCUUGGUUCGAGUCAACCCACCGCCACCAAGGACUUAAGUUGGCUUGUUACAAACAUUGAACGGGG